AUGUCUCAAGUAAUCAUUAACGAUGACGAGGUUGACAUCGUCAUUGGUGCUCUCCAGUCGGACCUCACGUCAUUCAUGGAGCAAUGGCGGUCAUUCUUCUCCCGUUUCCACAUAAUAAUUGUUCAGGAUCCAGACCUAAAAGGUGAGCUCAAGAUCCCGAGCGGAUUCAAUCUAGACAUCUACACAAAAUCCGACAUAGACAAACUCACGGGCCCUUCACCGGGCAGCUCCAUCUCCUUCUCCGGCUACUCGUGCCGCUACUUCGGCUACCUUGUGACCCGGAAAAAAUACGUGAUCUCGAUCGACGACGACUGUUUUCCCGCAAAAGACGCGAAUGGAAAUCUGAUCGACGCAGUUUCGCAACACAUCACCAACCUCAAGACCCCGGCAACUCCCUUCUUCUUCAACACCCUCUACGACCCGUACCGCGAGGGGGCCGAUUUCGUCCGUGGAUACCCGUUCAGCAUGCGGGCCGGGGUCGAGUGUGGGCUUUCGUGCGGGCUGUGGCUCAAUCUGGCUGAUUACGAUGCGCCUACGCAGGCCCUGAAGCCCGAUUUGAAGAACGGUCGGUAUGUGGACGCUGUCCUCACGGUCCCGGCCCGAGCCAUGAUGCCCGCUAGUGGGAUAAACAUGGGCUUCAACAACGAGCUCGUGGGGCCCGCUAUGGCGCCAGCUUUCAGGCUGGGAAAAGAAGGGAGGAUCAGGUGGGAGACGGUGGAGGAUUUGUGGAGUGGAAUGUGCGUGAAGGUUGUUUGUGACCAUUUGGGUCUUGGAGUGAAAACCGGGCUUCCGUACGUGUGGAGGGAGGAGAGAGGGAAUGCGGUCGAGAGCUUGAAGAAGGAAUGGGAAGGGGUGAAGCUCAUGGAGGAGAUGGUCCCCUUUUUUCAGGCAGUGAAGCUCUCGGAAAAGGCUGUGACAGCCGAGGACUGUGUGGCGGAGCUUGCCGGGCUCGUUAAGGAGAGGUUGGGAAGGGUGAAUCCUACGUUUGCCCGUGCAGCGGAGGUUAUGGUGGAGUGGGUCAAGCUGUGGAAACGGGUUCGGGCUCAGUAG